UUACCGCCAUAGCUUUUCUCUUUCUAAGUUCCUUCCACAUUCCCGGUACACUUGCUUCGCCAAGUGUCAAGGAGCUUGAUCUCAUUUGUAGCUAAUCUUGAAUCAGUUUUCUGUUAAUUUUUCUAGAAAUUCUCCCCGUCCGAUCUUUUCUUCUUGAUGAACUUUAAUUUACGGCUUCAGCUGCGCCGAUGAUGCUUGGAAGCGGUUCUUGAAUCUGAAAGCUUGUAUUUUCUCAUCGGGUGGAGAGGAUUUAUGUGGUUGGAUUUGCAGCAGAAGGUUAACUUUCAUUAUGGGGUUUGACAGCGAGUGUAUAUUGAACAUUCAGUCUCUUGCUGGGGAGUAUUUCUGUCCUGUCUGUCGCUUGCUUGUUUACCCACAUGAAGCAUUGCAGUCACAGUGCACUCACUUGUAUUGCAAGCCUUGUUUAACUUAUGUAGUUUGCACUACCAGGGCUUGCCCAUAUGAUGGCUACUUGGUUACAGAAGCGGAUUCUAAGCCACUCGUUGAAUCAAAUAAAACUCUUGCUGAUACUAUUGGAAAAAUAGCUGUUCAUUGCUUGUAUCACAGGAGUGGGUGCACUUGGCAAGGGCCAUUGUCUGAUUGUGUAACUCAUUGUUCUGGAUGUGCCUUUGGCAAUUCCCCUGUUUUAUGCAAUCGUUGUGGAAUUCAACUUGUACACCGGCAAGUACAGGAGCACGCACAAACUUGUCCAGGUGUGCAACCUCAAGCACAAGCAGACGGUGCUCAAGGCACCACAGCCAGUGGCACGGAAGCUGCUACUGAUCAAGGCCAGUCUGCUGAAAUGACAAAAUCUCACGUCCAAUCUUCACGGAGUGUAGCAGUUAGUGCACCUGCACAGGAUCCCAAUCAGCAUGCCAACACAAGUUCCCAGGGUCCAGCUGUUGUUCAAGCUGCUACGCCGACUUCAGACCAGUGGUAUCAACAGCAACAACAGUAUCAGCAAUAUUAUCAGCAGUAUCCUGGAUAUGAUCCUUAUCAGCAGCAAUACCAGAACUAUUCCCCUUACCAGCAGCAGACAGAUGUUCCGUUUCAGCAGCCACAGUCAUCUCAGGCUCUUCCUUCACACGCGGCAGCCCAGCAACAACCUCAGGCGCACAUCCAGCCCCAGCCCCAGCCCCAGCCCCAGCCCCAGCCUCAACCCCAGCCUCAAUCACAACCCCAAGUUCCUGUCCAUUCCCAAUCCCAACCCCAACCUCAGGCUCAAUCCCAGCCUCAAUCUCUACCACAACCUCAACCCCUUCCUCAGCCACAUGGUCCGUCUCAAUCACAUAUGCACGUCCAAAUGCCGGCAGUUGGUCCAUUUCAGAACCAGGGACAUGUUAACCCUCAGCAGCAACUAUAUCAUGCUGCAACCCCACAUUCUCAGAUCCAACCGCAGAGUCACCCACCAGCACAUGGCCAAGCACAACCUCAACCUCAGUCAUACCCCCAACCUCAACCCAGUUCGCAGCAACUUGUGCAUAUGCCACCACAUCAGCAGCCUCAUUCCCAGAUGCCACCACAUCAGUGUCCUCCUUUCCAUCCGCCACUCCAUCCUGUUUCUCGGCUACCACCCCAUUCACAAGCCCCAGCUCAACACCAUUCUCAGCUUCCUAAUUCACAAACUAAUCAAUCUCUACCAAUGACGCCUAAUGCACUACCCCAAAUGCAGAAUCCAACGUAUACUGCAACAGACUAUCAUUCUUAUCCCCAGCUACAGUAUCACCAACAAAUGCAGAUGGGAGUUCCUCAAAAUGUUCUUCUGCCAUAUGCCCAAGGUGGGGCUCGUCAACAAUCCCAACCACCAGUUCAUAUGUAUUCCCAUUUACCACAACCACCUCCUGUGCGCCCAUCCCAACCUCCUCUAUACCAAAAUCAGCAACCGCCACAAAUAUUGCCUUUACCCAAUCAGGUUCGAAAUAUUUCUCUAGCACAAAAACUACACAUACCAUCCCGGAUGCAAGUUGUCCAUCAACACCAGCAUUCUGGACAGCAAGCACAGUUUAUACAGCAUCAGCUGCAUAUGACACCCCAAAUGCGUCCAAUGAGGCAUUUAGUGCCUAACCAAGGAGUACGAUCUAUGCCUUAUUCACAAUCUAUGGUUGGUGUUCCAGUGAGGCCAAUACAGUCUGCUGCUAACCAACCAACUAUAAAGCAGGGACAUACAUUUGGUAAUAAUAGUAGUCAGUCGCAGUUGCAAGAUGUUUUUGGUGAACACAAAUUGGAAAAAAGCCUUGAUGGACGAGAGAGUGGUUUAUCGUCUCAAAAGGAUGCCAAAACAGCUGCAAAUCAUUUGGACGUGUCAUCUAAUUCGGGGGCAGUUGCUGAUGAGUUGACUGAACAAUCUGAAGCUAAUUUGAAGGUGCCCGAUGAUAAAAGUAGACAUACUAUUGGGUAUAAAUCUAUUCAGGCUGACACAUCCACUGAAAGUACUACACAAAAUGGGGCAAUGGACUCUAAUUUGCAUGUAGGUGACAACGGUAAGACCAAGCACGUUGAGGGAAAGGUUGAGGCAAUAGAAAGUAGUUUUGAUCAUUUGAGCAAUGAUAAGUUGGGAGAAGUUAGUAUUCAGGACCAGAAAGAUCUUAGCAUUGAGCCUAAGAAAACGGAGGUUCUUGUUAACGAGAAUAAAGAAAAUCAAGAAGGUUUCCUUCAGAAGAUUUCACCACCAAACACUGAGUUAUGUGAAGAACAAAGUAACAGGAUACAUAAUGACAUUAGUGGGACUCUACACCCCUCUUCUGGUGCAGACGAGGGAUCACAAGCUAUCCUUGGUAGUCCUGACGAUUCAAAAUCGAAACUAUUGAUUCAACAUACCUAUCAGGAUACGUCUCAAACUGGGGGUACUCAAAUUGGCGCAACACAACCUUCUCACACAACUUCCCUAGUUUGCUAUCCAAGACAUCAGACUCUACCGAGUAAUUGUGUGUCAUCUGCACUUCAACUAGGUGUGACAGGAACUUUGUUACAGGCACCUCCUCCAAGACCCUAUCAUCAGGCACAAGUCUCAAAUAAUCUGUCCAUGCAAGUUAGGCCACAGGCUCCUGGCUUGGUGGCUCAUCCUGGACAACCAUUUAAACCAUCUGAACCGUUUCUUCCAGGUUGCAUUCUAGAACCUGGUUCUGCUCCAUCUCUUGGUAGAGGGCCAAGUCUCUAUGGUCCUCAGCAAACUCUGGAGCGAUCUAUUGGUCCCCAAGCAUCCUAUAAUCUAAGCCAACCACCUUCUUCGCUAGGGGUUUCAAAGAUGUCACUAGGCGAUUCUAUUGGAGCACACUUCCGUUCAAACCUUCCUGGGGCUUUUGAUUCAAGGGGACUACUGUAUGCUCCUGAAUCUCAAAUUGGCGUUCAACGCCCCAUUCAUCCUUCGGAGGCUGAGAUAUUUUCAAAUCAAAGGCCAAGACCUGAUUCCCAUUUUCCUGGGACCAUGGAACACCAUCCACCGCAUCUCCCAGGGAUUCCUCCUAAUGUGUUGACUUCUAAUGGUUCCCCAGGUCCUGACUCCUCUUCCAAACAUGGCUUGAGGGAUGAAAGGUUCAAAAAGCUGAUGCAUAAGGAACAGUUGAAUCCCUUCCCAUUGGAUAUAGGUCGGCGUGCUAUUAAUCAAAUAGAUGUUGAAGAUGUUCCCAGGCAAUUCCCUAGGCCUUCUCAUUUGGAUUCUGAUCUUGCUCAGAGAACGGAAAGUUACUCUUUGAGACCUUUUGACAGGGGAGUGCUCGGGAAAAAUUAUGAUACUGAUUUAACCAUUGAUGGUGGUGCUGCUUCAAGAAUCUUGCCUCCUCGUCAUAUGAGUGAUGCAUUACAUCCUACAGAUACUGAGAGAUCGUUUGGUUUUUAUAAAGAUUCUAUUGGACAAGCAGAUCAAUCUCGUGGCCAUUCUGAUUUUCCUAUACCAGGGGGUUAUAGUCUGCAUUUUGCAGAUGGAUUUGGUCCAAGAAGUCCUCUUCAUGAAUAUCAUAGACGUGGGUUUGGAGGCCAUCUUGGGUUUUCGGGUGUGGAGGAAAUUGAUGGUCAGGACUUUCCUCCUCGUUUUGGUGAUCCGUCUAGGUUUCCUAUUUUUCGUAACCAUCUGCAAGGAGGUGAAUUUGAGGGUCCUGGAAAUUUUAGGAUGAGUGAACAUGUGAGAAUUGGUGAUGUGAUUGGACAAGAUAGACAUUUUGGUCCUCGAAACUUGGCUAGGCAUUUACGUUUGGGUGAGCCUACUCCUUUUGGUUCACAUCCUGGUCACUCUCGAAUAGAAGAUCGGUCUCUUCUUGGCAACUUUGAUCCAUUUGGUGGAGGGCAUAGGCCCAAUCAUCGACGACUUGGCGAGCCUGGGUUUAGAAGCAGUUUUUCUCAUCAGGCGCUUGCAGAUGAUGGUAGAUUUUUUGCAGGAGACAUUGAUUCUUUUGAUGACUCAAGGAAGAGGAAACGAAACAGUAUGGGAUGGUGUAGGAUUUGUAAAUUUGAUUGUGAAACAGUUGAAGGCUUGGAGCUCCAUUCACAAACUAGGGAGCACCAAAAGAUGGCUAUGGAUGUGGUGCAGAGCAUCAAACAAAAUGCAAAGAAACAUAGAGUAACUCCAAAUGAUCGUUCCUCUGAAGAUGGCAAAACAAAGAAUGUUGGUCUUGAGAACCGUGGGAAAAAGCAUUAAAUUUGCAGCUCUUCUCAUCAGACUCAUGGAUUCCGUUUUACUGGAGCCAAUUUUGUUUCCUUGGUUGCUGCCAUAUACAAAGAUGGUUUUUGGGGAUGAAGUUCUGUGGCAAUCUUUCAAUUUGACCUGUUUUCUGGGCGAAGCAGACUACCAAAAUUCUGAAAGUUCAGUGGCAAGGUUUAUCAAGUCAUCUUUGUUCGAGGUGGUAAGAAUGUGUUUGAUGAAAAGGUGCAUUAGUUGCAAAUCUCUUUGCUGCAUUUUUAUUUAUUAAUCUUAAACUGAUAUUAAAAUUCUGCUUCUUGCACCAUUGACGGUUUCUUCACAUUGAUGUCAUUAACUUUAGGUUUCAGCCACAAGUUUUAUCAAGUAGAGGAACCCGUGGAGCUUAGAAACUUAUUUUGUUCUUCGUUGAGCAUCAUGUAAUGCUGCCCCGUCUAUAACUCUCAGCAUACUGUUGUCAAAAGCUUGUGUUUUAACGCAAUCAGUUUCUUUUAAAUGCUUGAUUUUGUGGCCAAGGAAACUGAAGUAAAGGAGCGAGGGAAGAUAAUCCUCCCAACUUAAAGCUGAAGGAGUUAACGGAUAGUACAUCAAUAAAAGGGAUGUUAGUUUACACAGGAGUCCUGGAAAUGUACACCAGGAAUAACAUAAAAAUAUACACAGACUCCCCACAUUUCUUCUGAAUCCAUAGCCUUAUCCUAAAAAAUUGUUUUGUUUCUGACUAAACAAGCCAAAAGACUGCAUAGGUGUGACUUUACCAUUAGAUUGGAAAGACGAUCAUACACCAAUUGCUCUUAGAGAUAUCCUAAGAACCAGCUGAUUCAUUCAUUUCUGUAUUUAAUCUCAAGGAACAGAGAAUCUAUUGAAUAAUUUGUUUAGUGAAAAGCUACAACCAAAAUCUAUGUAUUCCCUAUAGGAGUUCACCAGAAUUCUAGGAUCUCUUCCCAGCUGCCAUUCAUUUUCCAUAAAAUAGCCUUCAAUAUUUUGUAGGCGUAGUCUUCGUUCUCCAUGUUCGAUAUAUUUUCUCUUCUUUUACCUCUUUGUUCUUCUGUUUCUGCUCCUCUGCUUCUGCUUUUCUCUGCUUUCAUACAAAGUCUCACCCCUACUCCACUUCCCUCGCUCCUACUCCACUUGAUUAGAGCACCAAUGAUUUGUUUCUGUAAAAAUCACUUCUAAGUGUGCUUUGGCUUUUCUUAGAGGUGCUUUCAAAUUGUAGUCAAACACAAACACUCAGGGUAGGAUACGUUUUUAAUGCUUACAAGUACCUUUUCCAUGGUUAAAAGCAAAAUGGACCCGAUCCCCUAUUCUCCAGCAUUACUGUGUCUCUAAGCUCUUCAUAUUCCAAAUUGGUUGGUUCCCUUUUGCCAAAAAUUUACAAACACAAACACUUUCUGCCGCAAAUUAUUGUCAAAUGCAAACACUUGAGGUAGGACGCUUUUAUAUACUUUUUUUUUAAAAAACUUUUUUGGUCAAUGCUUUUAACCACUUAAAAGUACUUUUUACAUGGUUGAAAGCACUUCAAAUGAACCCUUCCUCAUUCAAACGAUCUUAACAUUCUUUAUUCAAUUUAUGAUGCUUUGGACCAAACAAAGAAGUUUGUUACUAGAAGAAAUCUCAGGAGGAAAUUCAGGAAUAUAGUUCCUUGCUUUGCUGGAAGGUUUAAUGUUUUCCUAGUAGUACAAGAAGUUAAAGAGUAUUUCAGGUGUAUUCUCGGUGCUUUCUUAGUCACUAAGUGCCUUCUCUUAUGUUAUCCAAGUCUUUCAGUAAGGUCUUGCUGGAAGUCUAGAAUUCUGAAGAAGUUCGAUGUGUUUAUUUGGAUCUUACUAAAGGGUGGCGUAGAUAGAACUGAAAAUUUAUAAAUGAAAGUGACUUUGCUUGCUUUACAAGCAGCUGUUGGUGCGCUGUUUAUGAAAGUUGAUAGAUAGUAUAGAUCAGAAUCGUAUCAUAUUUUCAUUGCUCGUAAUUCCGGAAAUGUGGCAGCACUUAUGUAAUUGUUUUCAAGUUUCUGGGGUGUUUGACAAAUGUUCACUAAACAAAAUCUUGCGACCUCUCAUAGAGAAGUUAAGCUCACGAGUUGAUUUGGGUGAACUCUUUUGAAGAAAUUAUUUUAUAACUUUGGUUUGAAAGUAAUCAAAGGAUCCUCACAGAGAAAUCUCUUGAAUGGUUUGAAUGAUUUGUUGUAGCUAAACAUAAAUCCUCAUUUUGGUCUAGUUGAGGGUUUGUUAGGUAUCUGAAUAAAACUCAGUUUCUUGUUUUUUGAUUUACUGAACAGAUGAAUUCAUUGAAAUUCUGUUUGGUGGAUUCAUUUACGAAAACAAUUUUUGGAUUGUAUUUGGAUUAUGAAACGCUGGAAGUGAUAAUUUGAAAACUAUGUUGUGUGGAAUGGAGGAGUCUACAGCCCUGGAAGUCAUCUUGUGAAAUGGGAUUGGGCUUCUCUUCCAACUACCCUUUGAGGCCUUGGAGUGGGAUCUCUUAAUCAAAGAAACUCAUCCCUGCUUAUGAAAUGACUGAACAAGUUGGGGUGGCUCUCGUGGAGAAGCUGAAUUCUGCAGUUUGGUAAGGAGUAGGGCAUAUUUUGGUUGGUCUCUUGAUAACUCAGGCAGGCAUACUGCCAAAUCGACCUUCUUAAACCUCUCUAUUAGACCUUGAGAAGCUUGUAUUCCAUUGAUCAGGUUGGUCGGGAAAUUCAAAACUCCCAAGAUGGUAUGGGCCUUUCUUCGCUCUUUGGCUUAUAGAAGCCUUAAUAACAGAUGACAAGAUCCAAAGAAAAUUUUCUUCUUGAGCCAUCUCUCUGUCCAUUUGUAGCCUUUGUUUUGAAGAGGAAGAGUCCAUGGACCAUCUGUUUUUACACUGCCCCUUUAUGGCCAAAGCCUGGCAUUUUAUCUUCAGUAAAGUGGGGCUGCCCCUUUGCCUCCUUUUGAGAGUGGAAACUUGGCUCCUAGAUGGUUUAAAUGCACGGAGUCUGAGGGGUAAAGCUAAGAUUUUAUAGAACUGUACGAUCAGGGCUCUUUUUUGUCGUAUUUGGAAGGAAAGGAAUGUUAGAACUUUCAGAGAUAAGUUUUCAGCCUUGAUUUUUUUUUUUUUUUUUUUUUUUUCUUUUUGUAUCUUUGCAUAGAAUACAGCUUCGUGGUGGUAUUCUUUACGUUCAAUUUACAUUCAAAAUUGUUUUGUAAUUACAAAAUUUUGAUGAUUCUUGUCUAAUUUCAAGGGUCUGAGGGCCUUUUCAUCAUCAUUAUUCAGCUGCUGAUAGCGUGGAGUUGUGACUGAUAAUUAUAUUUCCUUAGCUUCCUUUGAUUCAGUUACUUAUUCAGCUAUGUCUUAGUUUUUUGGUGACUAGAAAUCUUUCAGCUGAUAGUUGAACACAAUUUUUAGAAGUGGGGGUUCUUCGCAUCUUUGAGCCGUAGUCAUGGUCAAUGAAUUAUCCAAUAUAAAAUAUCUUACAAAUGAAAGUUAUAUGGUAGGAUUUUUGGACUUGGCUUUGAGCCUUAAGAGAUAUGAAUGGAAGUUGAGAAAUCCAUAGGCAUGAAAGAGGAUUGUAAUUAAGUGCUUCCUAUUUCAUAAACAGCUUUAUUUUUGUCAAAUCAAAACCAUCGGCCUUGCUAACAUUAUUGUGGAGUAGGGGAAAUUUUAAAUGCUUUAACGUAGUCUACUGCUUAGAACAGAGUUAAAGGUUGCAAUACUACUGCUAUUUCCCCCGCUCAGUUGAACUGCCUACAAGAGACGCCUUCCCAUUAAAAGAAUAAUCAAAGAAAGAGAAUGGUUAGAGAAGAAUUUAUUAGGAUUAGUAUUGCACAACAAUGCACACACUUGAUCUAGAUGAACACAAAGAAUAGGAUAGAGAAAAUGCAAGAAAAAUAUUGGCUAAAGGAUUUGUAUUGAUGACUUCAGGUAUGUAUAGUAAGAGAAAAUACAGAAAGUACAUUUUCAAAGCUCUAUCGGAAGGAUAUAUAUAUUAUAUAUAUAGUUCAGCUUACUAUAUAUAUAGUUUUACCAGGUAUAACUAUCUACUAUAUAUAACUAUCUAGCAUGUAUAGCUUUACCUUUUUAGUAUACAUAUAGCUAUUUACCAUUUUAGUAUACAUAUAGCUAUUUACUAUUUAUGACAAUUCAUGUCAUUUACCAUAUAGCUUUACUAUGUAUAACGAUCAUAACCUAACAAAAUUUGCCGAAGCUAACGCUCCACCAAGAAGCAUUAAUUAAGCUAUAGAAGAGACCAUAAAUUAGAUAAAGAAUUAGACUUGUUCUAAAAAAUUCUCUUAUUUCUUUCCAGAGCUUGCAUAUAAGUGUGGGUUUAUUUCAAAGCAAUCAAAACAAGAAGUCGAAGAACACCCAGUUUAGAGGUUUUUUUUUUCUUUUUUGAAUAGAGCCUGUAGGAAAAAUUAUUAAUGUGGGUUAGAGGGGUUUGAGUUACUAGUUUGGUCAAGAAAGGUCAAUAGCUUUUAGAUUGAAAGACGAUAGUUUUUCCCUUUUAAGCUUUGUUUUUAGUUCAAUAGAGACGAGGUGGAUAAUCGGCCCUUUAGUUUUAAGGAAAGAAAUUAAUGGGUGGUUUAUCCAUCAAGUUAGCUAGAAAUGGUAGAUUAGAGAGAGAUGAUUUGAUUAUUUGUAUGAUUAUAUGGUGUUUACUCUUUUUAACAUAUUUGGUUUUAAGGCAUUAAUAGGUGACUACUACAGAAUUCUCUGCAACGUUUUGAAUAUCGACACAGCUCGGUUUCGGAGUUGCUUCACUCUCCUCUCUUUUUGUUGGUAUGUAUAAUGUAAAUAUAAUUCCUUAAUGUGGCUGUAAUGAAUCAAUAACCUUCCUUCUUUUUGUUGGUAUGAUUUAUAGUGGCUCAAUACUUGUUUAA